AUGGCUGAGACGAUCGCAGGCAUGCAUUUGGCUCUUGGGCCCAUUCUAUCGGGAUGCUACAGCAUUGUGAAAGGCAUCAACCAGCUUCGGCAAAGCUACAACUUUAUGCCCUUGACCUUGAUGUCCAUUGUCUUGACCUGCAACACUACAAGCUCGACCUUGAGUCAAGUCGACUUCACUCUUACAGAAUACUCUGGCAUAGCAAAGGACCAGUUUUAUGAACAAUUCGAUGGUCUCAAGAUUGCAUGUACCAUAAUUCUUUCCCUCCUCGAAAAGCAUGUAUCGGAUCUACUUGAUACCGCUGCUAGCGAGAUGCCGCUCAAGGCACAGAAAACGUCGAGAAAAGACAAGCUGAAAGCAUUGUACAACGAGUACGAGAUGGAAAGGCUCUUUGCUCAGCUCAAAGAUCACAAUGCACUGCUGAAUACGAUGCUGAACCAAUUGCUCAGCCACAACCAAAACAGGAUGAUAGACAUGAUGACAAACCAGGAAAAAACCUUGGAAAGCAUGUUGGAAGCUCAGGCCUCGCUUCGCAGAUUUCUACAGCAUGGUCCCGUCGACAAGGAAACUGAUACCGCAAGCAUUCUUUCAUCAACUACCAGCGGAACCGCGUUGACUGCGUUUGAUUUCGACUCGAUCAUCAAGUCUACUGCAGUCUAUAAGCAUUGCAUGAACCGGCGUGGCGUCGAAACAAAUCUCCUGGAGUCCUUGGAGAGAUCUACGAUUCAAUACAAUCCACUCCAAGCGACAAAUGGAGCAGUCACCGAGGGAGAAGAGAUAUCCAGCUCCAUGCAGAGUCAGCAUAAGACACGCACAGAGACCGAAGUGAUAUCAAGAAAAGAUCAUGUGCCCCCAGCAUCUCGUUCAUCUUCUCCGACACAAGUUUUCGCAUCUCAUACUCGUCCUUCCAACAAUGAAGCACCCGCCAAAGCAUCAGCAGUCCCAUCAGACUCGUCAGACUCGAAUACGACGUCUAGUACUAAUGCGUCAGACCACGUGAAGAAAGUGGUCGACGCACAAUCACCUCCUUGCGAGAUCAUCUACACGCCCAGUAGCAAGCAUGAACCAGAGGCGUGUCUCCACCGGAGCCUCGAGGCACAGAGGCAUGCAACACCACAUACCGACCCUACUCUCCUAGAUGAUCUUUUCUCUGGAAAUCGGGUCAUCUCGACAUCGCAUGAGGAUUUGGGUCAGACCACGGAAGACUCGACAUUUGAAACCAAGGAAGAGGUAAUCAGUGUAGCCGUCUCGUGCAACUAUCUUCUAGCAGCUGCUACGCGAACCGAGAUCCUGAUCUGGAAUAUAUCUACUGGUGACGAGUUGGCCAAGAUCAAUGCUGGCUUCAACGCAUGA